UCUCCCAACAUUCAUUUACAACUUUUUUUUCUAAACAGAACCCAGAAAGAAGAAGAAGAAAACAUGGGAAGAUGGGUUGCAGAAUGCAGAGGAGGCUUGCAUUGCGAAGAAAGCUUCACAUUCUUAGAAUGACCACUCAUUCCCAUCAGUAGAAAUUUGGAUGGAUCAUAAGAUGGCCCCUCGUCAUCAUUCUUCUAAUUGAUAUUUCAACUGCAAUAACUACCUAUCAAACCACUAGAUUCAUCUUGUAUUAAACUCCCUAUAAUUUUACUUUACAGGCUGAAAAGUGCAUAAAAUCUCUAGAAUUCCAUUACAAUUCAUUCUCAAGGACCCAAGGAAGCUCAAAUCUGUCCUUCCAAAACUCAAACACCCUAAUCUGUAAACGCCUAAUCCACCUUUUAUCUUCAUUUCUACGCUUUAGCAAAGGAACCAGUUAAGACUCGUAACUGCAUCUUCAGAAACAGAACUCAAUCAAACUUCUUCAGAAAUCAACUAAGACACAGCGAGGCCAAAUUCAGCGCACCUCAAACCAAAAUCACCAUAACCUAGUUCCUCACCAAAGCAGGAUCAAAGUCAUGGGGGGAGAUCAAAUACCUAUUAACAGCAGAAGCACGCACAAACAGAAGAAAUUGAACAGUUCAGCAGGAUUAAGCAAAACGAGCGAAAUAGCAAAAUGGGUUUCAGUUACAAGAGAGAAAAGGCUUCAUUUCAACCCACAACCAAAACAACUCAACAACAAGCAAUCAGAUCCUGCGACAAAGAAAAUCAACACAGCCGUUAAAGGAAUCAUCUAGCUCUAGCUCCAUCCCUGUCCGAUUUCUAAUGAAGGUAGCAUCAAAGGGUAAAUUACUAAAUUGCAAUUCCAACCAUCUCCGAGUAAUACCAAGUUGAAUGAAAAAGGAGAUUACUGGGAUUCCAUCUCUGUUUUGUACGGUGAUUUAGGAUAACAGGGGAAGAGCGAGGGGAGUUGCUCAGGAUGGUUGAGUUGCCGCCGAUGGAAGUGAAAGAGAACGACGUCUGCGUUAGGAUGCUUGCCGCGCCGAUCAAUCCUUCUAAUAUCAAUCGAAUUGAAGGAGUGUAUCCUGUGCGGCCGCCGGUGCCUGCAGUUGGAGGAACAGAAGCUUCGAACCCAGAGGAGUUGCUCGUGAAAUCGCCAAUCUCCAGAAGCUUCGAACCCAGAGGAGGAACAGAAUAACAGGGGAAGAGCGAGGCGAAGAGCGAAGUUGAUACUUGAUGGUGGUGAAGCGGAUUCCUCCCUGUCAAAGGCUGGAACGAUGAUGGCGGCGCGGCGAGGAUGAUGAUGGCGGCGACGGCACGAGGUGAAGGGCUGAAGCGAGGAGGCUCUGUCCUCUGUUUCGUUUUCCAAAAGUGAAGAGACGGCGACGGAAGGGCUGAAGGCUAGGGUAGGGUUGCUCUUGCUAUCAAAAGCCAAAACGACAGCGUGCGUGACUGAUGCUAUUGGGUUUUGCGGGUUUUGCGGGUUUUUCGGUUUUGCGGGUUUUGGUAAACCGAAACCGCUGCUGUGUGUAUCGGGUUGAACCCGAAAAAACCGAAACCGACUCUGUUUAUAUUGGUUCGGGUUCGGGUUAAACCGAAAACCCGAAACCGAAUAGACAGGCCUAGGUGGAGUUGACGAGUGCUGGUGGUCACACCCAUCGUGUGCAUGGCCACCAUCUGAAGUUGUACCUCAAGAGCGAUGUGGAUCCGCUCUUUGAGGCACCUGUUCCUUCACCUCUUUGAGUAUCCACCCUACUGGCGUCCAACUAAAAGACGGUAAAGAAGCGCUUGUGGGGAGGCAACCCCACCAAGGUUUGUUUUUCCUUCGUUUGUUUUCGGUUUGUCCACUUGGAACUAUGGUUUUUAUCACCCAGUGUGUUUUGAUGACUCUAGACCUGUUGACUGGUCCCAUUUCCAGUCCCCCGAAAGUCCGUAUUUCAGGUAACAUCGUUCCCCCUUAUCUUUCCCUUGCUCCAUUGAGGGCAAUGUCGUGCUUAAGUGUGGUGGGGUGUUUAUCUAUCUUUGAAUGCUAGAUGAGUUUGUGUGCUUGGAGCCUAGUCCACUGUCCAAUUUGAUGAAUUAUGGGCUCCAAGUACUGUUCCCUGCAAAAUCCUGCUCAAUAUGCUUUGAAUUGACAGUCUUUAUGAUGAUAUGCAACCUAGGGAGGUAGUUGUAGCACUAUGGAUGAUGUUGAAGUAUAAGAUUUUUCCUAUAUGUCUCUCUGCUGUGCCGGUUGAUUUUGUGAACUAGUGGAUUUAAGACUGUUGAUUCAUGUGGUAUUGAUGACUCCUCUUAUGUUGUGUUGUGGGCUCGUGUAUCGAAAAAGGGUGCUCAAGUGUGAAAUGAAAAAAAGCAGUUUGUCCUCCAUGUCAAAAAUUUAAAAUUCUAGGACAUAGGGUAAGCCCAACGUGUGCGACACCGUUCAUUGCACAAAAUCGGGUUUUGGAAGAGUUUUUAGUGAUCCUUGGUGGGGUAGGCCUACAAGGUGAAGCUAAGUUGUCUCUAGUACAAGUAAAAUUUCCACCCGUUGAACGGUUUGCCUACUUGAGGAUGUGUUUUUAAGGGCACGGAUAGAGCUUCCGACCCCCCUUAAUUUCAUUGACCCUCCACACGAAGUGAGGAAUAGGAGUUAAAAGAAGUACUCUAGCGAGUGACAGAUGUAUAAAAAUUUCUCUUGCUCACCUAAUAAGGGCAGAUCGCGCAUACAAACUGCAGUUGGAACCCCAGCAAAGAAAAAAAAAACAAAUAGUAAGAAGAAGGGGUUCCAACAAGUGAAAUGAAAUGAAAGAGCACCCGAUACAAUGAGUCCUUGGUUGUUGAAUUGUGUGAGUCUCCUUAUCCAUGAAUUGAAUGUCUUAGUUCCACCGCUUCUCAUGAUCCUGGCUUGAGUCUAGUACUCGCAUUGAGAGAGAUAGGAGGCGUUUUAGAAGACCAGUUGACCUCGUAAGUUGCUAAAUGAUCCAGAAAAUCCUCUGCUGAUGAUUGGGGUUGCAUGUUGAUACAGAGGUCUGGAGAGUUGUACUGGUUUGAGUCAGGUUUGCUUGGGGACAAGCAAACGGUUAAGUGUGGAGGAGUUUGAUAGACCGUUAAUUGCACAUGUUUUUAACCCUAUUCUUGAGCCGUUUGAGAUGUUGAUUCUCUUGUUUUAGGCCGAUUUCACACUAGGUUGUUCGUGUUUAUGAUAUUUCAGGUCCUAGUACGUGAAUGAAGGUUUGGGAACGAGUUCGGGGUCUAUUGGACGGAGAUCGGACGUUUGGCGAAAAGCUGAGGAAGUCACACGUGCAUGCCUAAAACCAACACAGCCAUGCAAGGGAAUCCAUGUGGCCGUGUGGAAAUUCCAGGGAACUCACACGGGCAUCCUGGAAAUCCACACGGCCGUGUGGAUAUGGCCGUGUAGGAUGGCUGAAGUCCACUUAUCGAAACGCCGCGUUUUGCACAACUCACACGGGCAGCUGGGAAAGCCACACGGCCGUGUGGUCGGGAAUUUCUGGGUUUUAACCCAAAUACGGGCCAAAGGUGAGGGGAAUCGACUUUUUGGAGCAAAAAUAGAGCCCUAGAGAGAGAAAGUGCGAAGAACACCCCCUAAGAGCGGUUUUGGAGCUGGGUUUCAUCAAUCAAGCUUGGAAAUCAUCCUUGGAGUGAAGAUUGACAUCCCAGAGCAGAUUCUUCCCAUCUUGAUGAGUAUGACUGCUUUGUUUGCUGUUUUCCUCUCUCUCUCUCUAUGGAGCAGAACCCUCUCUCACUUGGGUAUGAAGAACCCUAGUUCCAUGUGUUAGGGAUCUUGAUUUUAAUGACUUGGGAUUGUUAUACUGUUUGGUUUUAAUCAAAUGAUGCAUGAUUCAUUGAAUCAAUUGAAGUCUGAUCAUCUUUUCUUGAUUUCUGCUGCAACCUGAGAUAGAUAGAAUCUUAUUAGGUUGUUAGAGCUUCAUCAUUCGGUAGUGGUAGAUUGGUUAUACGAGAAUUAAUCAAUUUACUGCUUUGUACUGGAACUCAAUUCCAGUAGUGGAUUUCUGUGCUUAUUGCCUCAGCAGUCUAUCCCGGUGAAGCUUAGUCGCCUACCAGUUAGUCUGCCUAAGAGGGCUUGGUCAUCUUAAGAGAUUCCAAGCUACUAUCGGAUCUUCCACAGUUUAAUCAAUAGUAAAUCAACCCAGGGUAAUUACAACUGAGACCUAACUGAGGAGCUAGGGGGACUCAUUCCCGAGUGACUCUUCCUUUGCUUCAGAAAACCGAACCAUUUCCUGCUUUCUUACUGCUUUUAGUUAAAACAAAAAUCAAUCGACUUAGUUGGCUAGAUAAUAGAUAUUCACGGAGUAGGCAGUAGAUCUAGACCCCGGGUUGAUAAUUAGAACUUGCCACUUUACUGCAUUUUUGGACUGCGAUUACACUUGGUCGCACUUUGGUGUUGUGUUUUAGCAUAUCAGUUGGAUCUAAGUACGACAUGUUACUUUGGUGUAAUGUUAUAUGUUAUUACUCAUAUUUUAGAUGAGAUUUGAUAUAAUUUAUCAGGAUAAGUACAAUAUAAUGACUCUUUUCAU